AUGUACCUUGUCCGAGCAAUCCAACGAGUCUCCCUCCUCAGCCCGACGACUCUCGCUGCAGCAGUUCCGGCUGUCCGAGGAUUCUCUACACCAAAUCGACCAAAUUUAGACUCGACCUCUUCCUCAACGAUACCGAAAGAGACAUGGCAUCCCGUAGAUAUGGCUACUCGCACUGCUUCUCAGAACGUUCUCAACGUGGUCAUUAAGACGGGGGGGAAAGCUCAGACACAUGAAGAAUUAUGGAAGCAGAUGUCCGAAGAAGCGAAGGAUGAAUUGGAGCGAUAUCCCCCUCAUGACCCGUAUUUUGGUCGAAGCGUCAAAGUCGUCGACGGGAACAUUCAGGAAGCAUUUAGACGACUCAGUACUAUUCUCUCCAGAAAUAAAGUUGCCAAACAACUGAGAAUGGCAGAAAGACACGAAAAGAAGGGAGUCAAGCGGAGAAGGUUAGAAAGCGAGCGCUGGAGAAGAUUGUUUGCCCAUGAGGUUCGAAAAAAUGUCCAACUCGUCACAAAAAUCCGAAAUCGUGGAGCAUAGUGCCCGCCUCGUGCUGUCGGGUCUAGAAUCAGGCGUCGGUCUUCAACUUCCGCAAUCGGACGACGUUCUGCUAUGUUCUAUGGUAUAGCCACACUUUGUUCAUGUGGCUUCUGAUAAUUACUUAGAUUGGACUUCUGAUACUAUCGAUUUAAUUCCAACAAAGCUCUAGCAGUACACAUCAGCUCGUGGAGAUCACGAUGAAACACUCUCGAGCUUGUUCCAGUAAUGGCGCUCAAAGUUUCUGGCUCGUUCGACAGAUUCAACAUACUUAUACUUCCAGGGACCAAUAUUAACUUCAACGGUGAUUCAUAAUGAUCGAAUGCAGCGUCUGGCGGCAUAUUCCGACAAUUGGCGGAUGAUUCAGGACUAUAAGUAAUGUGGAGUCGUGGUCGAAGAAGUGCAGAGUAUCGACACCAGUUCAUUGACUUUUUCUUUUUCUUUCAACGCUAUGUGUCAUUAUAACAUCGACGGUUGGUCAUGGGCAUGUAAUCAUUUUGAGCCAUUGUCAUCUUCUUUCCAAGAUUGUCGGAGAUGGAACUGUGUUUUCUCUUGCGCACAUCCAUCCGGCUGUAGAUCUCCCAGCUGCAUGCGAACAAUGCAGUUACCCGUCAAGCGUCCUAUCAGGGUAUUCAGUGUCAGGUGUACAGAUUGUUUAUCGAGAGAUGGGCUACUACUCCGCGCAGGCCAGGCCGGAAGAUAACAUUAUUCAAAAAAAAUCAUUUUCACAUUGAUAUCCGUUCGAGAGAUCUCUUCCCCUAUAGUUCAUUGUCGGGUCUACUCCGUAUCUGAUACUUGCACCACAAAUUUCUCUCGUCCACGAGCGAGUCAUAACAUGACAUGGAACGAACACCUUUUGGAGAAAACGUUGUCAAGGUGUGCAACCUCGUCAAGAUCGGGAUCCAGGAUUGGCACGUCGACUUGACUUUUCUUUCAACAUUGAUUGCUCGGUUGCAAAUCCAUCCCAGGGAUCUCCUAUACGUCCAUGGGACCAUGGUCAUACUCAUUCCCAUCACCAAAAUUCCCUUGAGCAACACAUUUCCUUGUUGCGUGGUAGCUGCGUCGAUAUCCGGAAUAUUCCAAUCUCGGAUCUGCUAUGACUGUAUUCGUUCGCAUGUAGUACAAAGGGGAAUGUGAAGAAUCUCCCUCUACUGGAAGUCAUGAGGCAUGGCAUGCCUGGUAUGGAAGUCCAAGUCUGGAUACCUCGGUCGUUUUAGUGGUUCAGGUCUGCCCAGAGUCAUUGGGAAUAAUAAGCUACAGAUCAAACAAGGAUACAUAUGUGGUCGUGACGGCGCUUCAAACGUCUCCAAAUAACUGAAAAUCGAUGGCUCAUCUAUCUUCGGUAUCCGCUUCCUCCACCUCCCGAUUGAUUUGUUGUCCUCAAGCACUCAGGGCAGUAGUUGUUGAUGUAUGGAUCUGACCUCGAGUACGUGUAGGUCCCGUCAAAUGACCACGGAGGAAAGUCAAAAAACAUACGGUAUUGCUCCGGGAAUUGCUUACUGUAUAGCCUAUCGAUGAAUGAUGUUCCUCAGAGACCUGAGAAAGACUCACUACUGCCAACAUUUGUCCCUACAUUGUGACCCAGUGCAAUCAGACGGGUGCGCAACGCUGAACUUACAGUAUCGGUCGUAGCAUGGUAUCUGAGAUGAAAGAUCGAAGCUACUUGGUGGCGUAGGGCUUGGAGGACGAACCAGUCUAAUGAUAUGACCACAGCGGCUGUAGGUAUUCUGGACCCUUUGAAAUGACGGGCCAUCAACAAGCGUUACAACAGGAGUGAGGAAGCGCCUACUGUCUUAAUCUGCACAUCGACGAAAGCAAGGAAGAUACGAUGCAUUUGACCAGAACCUUUCGCCCAGGCUUUUAUACACCUACCACAUAUUAUCACAAAAAGACCGAUAUCUGGAAACCAAUAACAUUCAAGAUCAGGCUCCGGACCGACAACGAACACUCGCUUUCUUGCGGUUGCUUCGGUUAUAGCGACCGCUUCUUUAAAUAUCACAUCUGACAUUAGAACUGGCCUGCGGCCUGCAUGGCGUCAUAUCCGACAACUGACCAAAUGGGCCCGUAAGCCAGGGCUUGCUUCUAAUUAUUCACAAGCCGGUCCCUCGACAAGUACCUCUCCAGCCAUGUGGGAUUCCAGGAUUGAUUGAUAAUAAUAAGACGGUUUCUUGUUCUUGGAUCGCGCCUGGGAUAGAUGGAUCGAUU